AUAGGCGGAGUUUUAAAUUUAAAAUUUACAACGUAAACGAAACGUGAUAUAUAGAAACUCUGAUAGUAAUCUAUGAUAGUUUGUGUUAGGCUCCGCAAUCGGCUGAUAGGUGAUCUACCUGAUUCAGGAUUAUAGCAUCUGAACAGUUCUCAAGACUGCUUAAAUGACUGAAUAGAGAACUGUCAAGUAUGACAUGCGUCAUUUGCCAAUUAUUACUAAUAAUUCGAAUCUAGUCUAAUCAAAAUUAGCUAUUUGUUAUUAGUUAAAAAUGAGCGAUGUAAGUAGUGAUGAAAAUGAAACAAAUCACAUUUUAUAUCGAGAUAGGCCGGAAUGGAAAGAUGUAACUCCUAUAAAACAAGAUGAUGCUGAAGAACCUGUAGUAGCAAUUGAUUAUACUGAAGCUUUUAUGGAUUGCUAUGAUUAUUUCCGAGCAAUUGUACAGAAAAAAGAAAUAUCUGAACGUGCACUGGAAUUAACACAAACUGCUGCAAGUUUAAAUCCUGCAAAUUAUACUGUAUGGCAAUAUAGACGUGAUAUUCUCAAAGGAUUGAAAAAAGAUUUGUAUGAAGAAUUAAAUUACAUUGAAAAAGUUAUUUUAAGGCAGUCGAAGAACUAUCAAGUUUGGCAUCAUAGGAAAAUUCUUGUAGAACUUCUACAAGAUCCAUCAAAGGAGAAAGCAUUUACAGAAACUGUAUUACUAAAAGAUGCCAAGAACUACCACGCUUGGCAACACAGACAAUGGGUUAUAAAAACAUUUAAACUUUUUGAUGGGGAAUUAGAUUAUGUCGAUGAACUUAUAUCUACAGAUGUUAGAAACAAUUCAGCCUGGAAUCAAAGAUAUUUUGUUAUAAACAAUACCACAGGAUUUACUGAAGAAAUUCUAGAUAAAGAAAUAGACUACACUUUGUUUCACAUUAAAAAUGUUACGGAAAAUGAAAGUGCAUGGAAUUAUUUAAGGGGGCUGUUACUGCAUAACAAAGGAGGACUAAGUACAAAUAAAAAAGUUACUGAAUUUUGUAACACUCUAUAUGAAUCAGGAAAUAGAUCUCCGUUUCUAUUGGCUAUAAUUGUGGAUAUGUGCUUUGAAUGUAUAACUGAAGGUGCUGGUGAUUCAAAGUAUACAUUAGAAUUAGCCAAACAAUUGUGUGAAGAUUUAAUUAACAAAUAUGACACUAUAAGAGCAAAUUACUGGCAACAUAUGUUAGAAAUGCUUCAGAACAGUGGUAAAUCUAAUGACGGUGCGAGCACCAGUGGCAAUUGAAGAACUAAAACUGAUAGUUGUAAAUCUGAAACUUUAUUAAUAAUUAUAAACAUUUCCAGUACAAGUUAGUAUAUACAUAAUUUUAUCAGUUUUUAAAGUUUCAGGUAUACUUAUUCAAUUAGAAUGAUUUUGUUUGCAAAAAUUUGAUGGCUUGUAUUAUUAGAAAUGUGAUGUUUCAAUUUAAACUGGAAUCACUGGAUAUUCUACAAAAAUUGGUACAGAGGGAUGAAAUCCAGGUCUGUUGGUAAAACUACCAAUUUUUUAUGUACUUUUAGAACAAAUAUUGAUUUUGUUUGUCGUCGCAACAUUUUCUGAAUACUCAUUACAUCCUCAUAAUAUAUAUUUUUUUAAAUUGAAAUAAUAACAAAUUGUAGUUGAAGUUACAAGUACUAUCGAGUCAAUAGUUGAGAUUAUCUCAUUUUUUUAUGUCCAACUUCCAAUUUUUUAUAGUUUCGUUAAUGCUUUCAACUGAAUAUUAAUGUCAUACUUCAAAUUAAAGUUUAUUUUGAAUUCAGUUCUUACUGUAUCAGCAGAUACUGAUUUUCUUACAUCAAACUGAGCCCUGGUAUUGAUUAUUACACAAGCUGAUGUCCAACCAAGUAAUCUUAAUUAUGAUCAAUGAAGAAAGAUUGUUUUAAUCUCGCUGACCCUCUUUCAACAAACAAGUUUUGACUUAAGUGCCAGCAUCGAUUGUACCAAUAUUUUCAACAACCAUACUUCAAACAUCCAAUUUUAUAUAUUUACAUUUAUGUGUUUUAAAGCAUAUUUUGAACAAUUGGUGUUUGUGAAUUAAAUGUAAGUAUUGGAAAUUAAAUGUGAGAAAGUAAACUUAAUCAGUUGAGGAAUGUUUUUUUUUUCAUUUUUAAUUAGUUAAUGUUCCAUAAUACCCUGUUAUAGAUACUGGGAGUUUAAAUAAAUUACACACAUGGUUUAUCCAUUUAUAUUACAAAAAAAAGUAAUUGGACUACAUAUUAUUUUAAUAUAAUCCUAUAUACAAUAAUGAAAAGGUAUAUUCUAUACAAAUGCGUAAUGUAUACAUGAUAAAAUACAUAUUUGUUUUUUCAAACAUCAACUCAAAAAAGUAAAAUUUUUACAUAAUCACAAAAAAAAGCAUAAAAAUAUGUGGAUGUAUAAUUGAAGCAAAAAAUAUAUGAAAUACGACCUUUCAUAUAAAAGAUUAUAAAUAAAAAAUCCUCCCAAGCUACUAUGACGACUCGCCUAAAAAAUAUAAGAUCUAUAAAAUAUCCUGUAAAUAUCAAGUUCACUAUAUUAAAUUACCUUAUAACAGGACGAAAAUAA